AUGCCUCUCCUCAACGUCCUCCUCUUCGCCCGAGCUCGCGAGCUCGCCGAGGCGUCCUCGACGACGCUCACGCUCCCCGACGACCCCCCCGCGAGCGUCGCCGACGCCCGCGCCGAGCUCCUCACGCGCUUCCCACAGCUCUCCGGCGUGUUACAGACGAGCAUAUUCGCCCUCAACAAGACGUACGUCAAGCGCGACGACGAGCGCGUCGCCAUCGUUCGCGCCGGCGACGAACUCGCCGUCGUCCCACCAAUCUCCGGCGGAUGA